AUGGCACCUGGGAUGACUUUGUCGACACUGUUCUUCGCUGACGACACCAGCCACACGUGGCUGCCGAAGCGCGACCAUCGGUCUGAAGGUUGGCCGCUGACCGGCAAUCCGCUGCCGGUCCUCAUGAUCACGGCCGCUUACGUGUACUUUGUCAAGCUGGCUGGUCCCCGUUGGAUGUCCCGCCGCAAGCCCUUCGACCUGAAAGCCUGCAUCCUAGUUUACAACCUGUCGGCCACCCUGCUCAGCGCCUUCUUCGUGUGUCGCUUCGUAAAGCUCGCGUAUUGGGACCUUGGCUACACCUUUCUGCAGGGCCUCGACACGACCGACUCGGCUGCGAGCCGCGAGAUCUUGCGCUUAUCCUGGUGGCUUUACAUGUUCAAGCUGUGCGAGCUCGCCGACACCGUGUUCUUUGUGCUGCGCAAGAAGAACCAGCAAAUCAGCGCACUCCACGUUGUGCACCACGUGAUCGUCGCCUGGAACAUGUGGUUGGACGUGACGUACGGCGCCCAGUCACAUGCGAUGUUCAUCAGGUGCCUGAACACGUUUGUGCACGUGUUCAUGUACACGUACUACUUCCUCGCGGCGCUUGGACCCGCCUACAAGCGGCUACUGUGGUGGAAGAAGUACAUGACCAUGACGCAGAUUUCGCAAUUCGUCCUUUUGCUCGUGCACGCCUUUGGCAUGGUGUUCGCCAAGGGAAACUACGUGGGGCUCUUCGUGUGGCUCGAGGUAGCGCAGGCGAUCCUGUUCUUCGUGUGGUUUAUGAUCUUCUAUAUUCAAGCUUACUCAAAGAGGAAAGUGUAGGUCCAU